AUGUUAAGAGCAACUAUUUCACGCACUCCAAGACAAUGGAUCUGUAAGUCACCAAAGGCGGCCCUUUCCACCACCGCUAAGGGUUUCUACCCGCACUUGAAGCACGAUCAAGACGCGGCGGAACAGAAGGAACAAAAUUUGUUUAACGAUAACAAGAAGAAACUGGAUAACUUGGAACAUGGGAAGAAUCCUGAUUUCAAACAGCCUGGAAUGGAAGAUUUGAAGAAGAAAGGUGAUGAUGCCAGAAUUGAACAAAACAGACCGGAUGAUGGCGUUUAUUGA